CAAUCAUACACACACAUGCAAAUAUAUUCAAACCCUACAAUAACUCCAUCAAAACAAUACUAGAAACCAGAAGAAAAGAAAGCCAAGAAAUGUCAAUAUCUAUGUCGAGAUUGAUCGUCGGUUCAUCCAUAUCAACAACACGGCCAAGUCUUAACUUUACAUCUUUCUCAUAUAAUCCAACAUCCCAAGCAUCAUUCUCAAACAACAAGGAUCAUUCAUCUUAUAGCUGUCAUGGCUUCAGUAGCAGAAGCUUGCAGUAUGAUCCAAUGAAGACGAUACCGCGAAAAAGCUUUGUUAUACGCAACAACAUCACUCCACCUCCCGGGGUUCCUCUUCCUUCUGGAUCGCCUUCCGGUUCCAUAAGAAAUUGGAUUGUGGGUAUCGUGUUUACAUUUGUUUUACCCUUUUGCACGCAUAAAUGGGGGCCAUUACUUCAAAUAAAGAAUAAGGUGGACAAUGUGGUCAACACGGCUGAGUAUAUAAUGGAAACUAUCGAGGCGGUGGCUGAAAAAGUAGACAACGUCAUUGAUAAUAUUACAGACGAUCUUCCAGAAAAUAGCAGCAUUAGAAAAACUAUGGAAGCUGUUGAUGAACUUGUUGAAGGAGUUGCCAAGAGUGCUCAUAUCGCCAAUGAUAUCAUCGAUAAGGUGGAAGAAGUUGAAAAUAAAUUAGAGUCAAUGAUUCUGAAAGAAGCCAAAGAGAAGGAGGCUCCCAAACUAGUUGUAGAUACGGAAGAAAUGCCUACCCAAGAAGCAACAACGAAGUCGUUAAAAGCGGAUUAAAAUGGUUGAAAUUAAUAAAGAUGGUCAACUUUUUAAUGUUUGACCUAAGAUCAUGUGAAUCACUUGAAGUUUGGCAAUGUAAUUAACUAGUUCACUUUGUUUGUUUAUUUAAAUAAGUGAUUGAUUGUUAACAUAUUUUAUAUGAAAAAGUUAAUUUCUAGUA